AUGAUAUUAGAUUUGGCAACUAAUAUUAGAAACAGAAUGAUGACAAGAAUAGAUAAAGUGUUUGAUGCAACUUCAACAUCUACUCUAUUACAUGAACCUGUAUUAAAACUUUCAGAAAUUAAUCAA